AUGAUUUUAUUAAUUGACUCCUAUGAUUCAUUUACUAAUAAUUUGGCUAAUUUAUUAGAAGAUAGCACAACCCAAAAAGUUCUAACUAUUCAUAAUGAUUCUUUUUCACCAGAUGAAUAUGAAUUUUUCUAUGGUAACUAUUUAAAAUUAUUUCAAUUUAUAGUCAUUGGUCCUGGUCCUGGACAUCCUUCAUUAUCUAAAGAUGUAGGUAUAAUAAGUUGGUUAAUUCAAAAAUUCAAAUUGGAAAAAGAUAAAAGUAAAAUUGUGCCUAUUUUAGGAAUAUGCCUUGGGUUUCAAAGUUUAUGUUUUGAAUUUGAUAAUCAAGUUGAGAAAUUGAUUGAUGUUAAACAUGGUCAAAUUUAUGAUGUUUAUCCUGUUGAAGAAAGUGAAUUGUUUCCUGCUGUUAAACCGUUUGGAAGUGUAAGAUAUCAUUCAUUAUAUGUUCCUAAUACAAAUGAUAAAAUUAGACCAUUGGCUUUUUGUUAUGAACCAAAUGAUAAAACAGCUAAUGCGAAAGAGAUAUUGAUGGCUAUAGAAGUUAAUGGUUUUCCAUUUUAUGGAGUACAGUAUCAUCCAGAGUCAAUCUGUUCGAGUAAGGGUUCGGAAUUGGUUAAAAAUUUUACAGCAGUUGCUAAUAAUUACAAUAAAGAACAUCGUCAAUUUAUAUUUGAUAAAGCCGAAAAUACAUCUAAUUUAUUAAAUAAUCAUGCUGUUCAUGAGGAUUAUUUAUUUAAAGAUGGAAAGUUUAAAUCCAAUGAGUUAAAGAAUGUUUAUUUCCAAAAGGUUGAGCUUGAUGAGAAAAUUGAUUCAAUAGAUGUUUGUGAGUAUUUUUACCAGAAAAACAACAAUAUACCAAAUUUUUUUUUAUUAAAUUCGGCUUCAUUCCCUGGUGAAUGGUCAAUUAUUGGUUUUCCAAAUGAUGAAUGUGAAAUAAUAACACACUCAGUGGAUGAAUAUUCAAAAGUAUACUUGUCAAAAUUUGGCUCUGAUAUAGAGGAAGCUUUAGAAGUUGAUAAUAUUUGGAAAUUUGUGGCUAAUAAAAUACAAUCUAAAUAUAUAUCGAGAAAAGAAAUUGAAUCAAGAGUGAAUAGCUCAGUCAGUUUACCUUUUUAUGGUGGUUACAUGGGAAUAAUAUCAUACGAAGAAGGUCAACAUGUAAUAGUAAACAAGCUUAUGUCAAUUUGUAAAGAUAAAACACCAGAUUUGAAAUUAAUUUAUAUUGGUCGAUUUAUUGCAUUUAAUCAUAAAAGUAAAUCGUGGUUUAUAGUUUCAAUUAAUGAUACAGAUGAAAUUUGGGGUGACAAAAUGGCUGGAGAAUUAUCAAAAGUGACUAAAAUUGAUAUAGAAAGCAUACCACUAACAAUCAAAGAAUUAGCCAAUAAUAACGAUAUAAAUUUUGAAUUACCAGAUAGAGAAAUUUACAACCAACAGUUCAAGCAAUGUCAAGAUUUGUUACACUCUGGAGAUUCAUAUGAAUUAUGUUUAACAACACAACUGAAAAUACAGCUACCUUCAAAUAUAAAUUCAUGGGAUAUUUAUAAAAUAUUAACAUUACGUAAAAAUCCAUCACCUUACUCAUGCUUCAUGGAAUUCAAUGACUGUUGUCUAAUAUCAUCAUCACCAGAAAGGUUCUUAUCAUGGAAAGAUUCUGAUGAUCAACAAUCUAAAUUAGUUGAGUUUAGACCAAUUAAAGGUACGGUUAAAAAUAAUGAAGAUACAACAUUAGAGAAGGCAACUAAAAUAUUGAAGACACCAAAAGAAAUUGGAGAAAAUUUAAUGAUUGUUGAUUUAAUUAGACAUGAUGUUUAUCAAUUUACCAAUGAUGUAAAUGUGAGUCAAUUAAUGACUGUUGAAGAAUAUAAGACUGUUUAUCAAUUAGUCAGUGUAAUACAAGGGAAAUUACAAAAAAAUAAUGGAUAUUCAGGUAUAGAUUUAUUACAUUGUUCAUUACCUCCAGGUUCAAUGACUGGAGCACCAAAGAAAAGAUCAGUUGAAAUAUUACAAGAAAUUGAAGAACAACAAGUUACAAGUAUAAAAGGAGGUAGAAGAGGUUUAUAUAGUGGAGUAGUUGGAUAUUGGUCAAUUACAGAUGAUUCAGAUUGGUCAGUUAUAAUACGAUCAGUAUUUCAUUACAAACAAGAUUUAGAAAAUAAUGAAAAUAAAAAUUUAUAUAGAAUAGGAGCAGGUGGAGCAAUUACAGUAUUAAGUGAAGAAGAAGGAGAAUGGGAAGAGAUGAAUUUGAAAUUAACCACAGCAUUACAAGCAUUUAAAUAG